CCUCGAGAUGUUUGUUUGUGUGUCGUGAACAGAACCUCAAACCGAACCUUAAAGACGUUGAAUCUUCAGUCUGGUGUCGACAUCGUGUCCAUCAGCUCUGAUUUCUGUUCGUCGCAGACGUGUUUUAGUUUUGUGUUUUUUCCUCCAAGCAGCUGAUGAAGUCGCCGGCCGUCAGGCAGCAGGAUUAUGACGAACGCUGCUGUGUUUUUAUGUAUAAUGAAUAAAGCUGGAUCCAUAAUGCAGCAGGCUGAGCUCUGAGGACACGACUCUGACAGUCGCUCACAAACAACCGUCAUCACACUCUUGUUUUCGGCCUCCUUGUCUGAUUCCUCGUCUCGGUUUCAUGUUUCUGUUUGUUCUUCACACCUGGAUCAGAAUCUAAACUCUGUUUUUGAAGAAACUCUGGACUAAAUUGUUUCUGGUCAAAAGGAAACUAUUUUUUGGAGGUCGUCCAAAGGUGUUUUUUAUUUCUAUGUUGAGUUGGGGAGGAGUCAGUGAAGUUGGUGGACGAGGGUUUUGGACAGAAUUAAGUUCUUCCUGCAGUUUGACGUCAAUCUGACUGUUGGUUCACUUUUUCUUUGGUUGCUCUUCGUCCUUUAAAGACUCAAACGUUCAGUCAGACUUAAGGAAACUUACAUCUUCACCAUGAUCGGUGUCAACAGCAUCCACUCCUCAGGCCGCAUGCGCUCUCGGUCACUCUGCUCGGUCCGGAGCGGGCGAGACUCAAGGGACACAGACCCGUUCAGGUAUCCCAGAACCCCCCGCUCCCGCUCCCUCAAACCACUGGCGUUCCCCGACCUGCUGGGAAAAACCCAGGACGGACAGCAGCACCUGCAGAGCCGUAAGAAGAAGACUCUCUACAGCUCCAUCAAGAACGAGAAGCUGCAGUGGACCAUUGAUGAAGAGGAGCUGAGGAAGUCGAUGUCGGAGCUGGCUGACGUCCGAACAGACUCCGCCUCCCACACCAUGAAGCGAUUGGGUAGUGGAGGAAACCCGCUGGUGGGCGUUGCCCAGCAGGUGGACGGCGAGCUCUACAAGAGCGGCUUCCUGGUUCGCAAAGUCCACGCCGACCCUGACGGAAAGAGAACGCCGCGGGGUAAGAGGGGCUGGAAGUCUUUCUACAUCUUGCUGAAGGGUCUCGUGCUCUACCUGCAGAAGGACGAGUACCGUGCGGAGCGGGAGUUGACAGAAGAGGACGUGAAGAACGCCGUGUCCAUCCAUCACUCUCUCGCCAUGAGGGCGGCCGACUACAGCAAGAGGCCCAACGUGUUCUACCUGAGGACGGCCGACUGGAGGGUGUUCCUGUUCCAGGCUCCGAACGCAGAACAGAUGCAGUCAUGGAUCACGCGCAUCAACGUGGUGGCGGCCAUGUUUUCAGCUCCACCCUUCCCGGCGGCGAUCGGCUCUCAGAAGAGAUUCAGUCGCCCUCUGCUGCCGGGAUCCAACACCAAACUAUCCCAGGAUGAGCAGGUCAAGACUCACGAAAACCGCUUCAGGGCCGUUUCUUCCGAGCUGGCCGACCUGACGGCCUCCACGCCGAACCGAAAGGUCAAAGGUCGUGAGAUGGAGGAACAGAAACUCCGACAGGAUUACCUGGAGUUUGAGAAAACUCGUUACGGUACGUACGCCAUGCUGCUCAGAGCCAAGCUGGCGAGCGGAGACGAGGACCUGACGGCCUUCGAGUCUCGGCUGUUUGACGACGGAGGCCUGCAGAGGACGCACUCCAGCCCCUCGCUGCCUCAGGACGCCGCCAACAAGGAGAAGAUCCGUGGAACCAAGACAUCAAAGAGCUUAAAGGUCACGUCGUCAUCGUCCACCACCAGGGAGGGAAGCAAGAAGAACGGGAGCAACCAGCGAGCUGAGCUGCAGAAACAGAGCAGCAACCAGGAGGAGGCGCCGUAAGACGGCAACAGUCAGGCUGAUGAUGAAGCUGGAGACGGACACAGAGCAUCAUGGGUAGCAGGCUGACAUCCUCCUUUAAAUCUUUUCUAUUAAACCUCAGUCAGAUUGUGAUUGGCUGACCUGAGGCGUUUGAAGUCAUCGGGAUAAAGACGCUCGUCACAGAAGAGACAACAUCAGAGAUGAUGUUUGAAACUUGAAGACGCCAUUUCUGCACAGAACCGCUGCUGAGUUUCAAAAUAAAAGCUUUAUUUCCUGUUCGAGCUUUCAUUUCAGGGACUUUGUGGAAGUGAUGCAGAUUAAGCUUAAAUAUCAGUGACUAUUGAGUUUGACUCCAGGACCAUACAGGACCCCCCAGAGCCCUAAAGACCCCCCAGAGUCCUACAGGAUCCUCCAGAGCCCUCAUAAGCACCAAAGGACUCACCAGGACUCACCAGAACCCUUCAGGACCCUCCAGAACCCCACAGAGCACUAUAGGACUCUCCAGAACCCCACAGGACUC